AUGAUCACCUCGAUCUCUUCAAAAGGCGAGCUGGACUCGUUUUUGGCAAAUAAUCCGGUAUCUCUGGUUUUGUUUUUUGCUUCUUGUAACAGAUUUGCAGCUUUUAUUGUUCUAGGGUGCGGAUUUUGCCAUCUUGUUCUCUCCGAGCUUUCUAUUGCAAAGCAAAAGCUAUCUUUGCAUCCAGAUGGUGCUGUUUCUCAAACCCCCGGGAUCGCAAGCAUUCGUUGCGAUACUGCGAAAACUCUGUGCGACUCGAUGAAGAUUGACAACUACCCGAGCGUGCACGUAUUUUACGCCACUAGAUUCGGCGCCAAUUCUUUUGUUGAGCUCAGUGAACACUCUGCCAUCACUGCGUUCUCAUCAAAGGCAACUUCGGUUGUCGGAUGCUUUACGGAGGCUUCGGAUCGCAAGGCAUUUUCAAAACUUGCCGAAGAAUCCACAGAUCUUUUCCAUUUCGGAUUGAUAUCCAAAGAGCUUUGCCCAUCUAUCUGCAAGGCACCCAUGGUGAGGAUAACCGACGCUUCCGGAUUUCAAGAGGAAAUUGAGUGGGACAGUGUCAGGUCCAAUUUUACCUCCACUUUACUGGCUCGCUAUUUGCCGCUGAUAUCGGACUACUCGCCUUUGGACAAUGCUCUCCUUCGCCAUUUAUCCGGCUUGCCGGUCGGGGUGUUCUUCUAUUUGCUUCCAGAAGACAGGAACAUUCUGCAAUCUAGAAUCGACUCUAUGCUUCAAAACUACCGCCAUAAAAUUACAUUUGUCUUUGCCAAUUGGAUAGAGUCUGAGCAUUUGGCAAGGGAAUUCAAAAUCCAAGAGCCAGUUUCGUGUGCCCUGCCCACUUUGUCUGUUGGAUUUAUCGAAAAGAAAAGAUAUUAUUUAUUCCCCGAAUGCGGCCUUGCCACUUUAACGCCAGAAUCGAUCACAAGCUUUUUGGAUGCGAUUUUCGAGCACAAGAUAGAACCAUACUCUCGGUCGGAAGAAAGAUUGCACCCUCAAGGCGAUCUAAAUGAAGAUCCCAACGAGGAUAUGUCUUGCGAACAGGACGAUAACUGUAUUUCUGUCCUUAAUAGGAUCACUCAUGAUACUUUCCAGCAUAGCGUCCUUGAUGCCACAAAAAAAGAGCCGGUUCUUGUACAGUUGUAUGCGGAUUGGUGCAUAGAGUGUCAAGAUUUUGGAGAGGUUUUCAAAUCCAUCGCCACAAAGCUUGAUAAAAGGGCCAAGCUCGUUUCGCUGAAUGUUGAUUUUAACGAUCUUCCAAAAGAUUCUGGAAUCGAGAAACAUAAGCGACUUCCUGAGAUCUAUCUGUAUCCGAAAUCCCCGGCCCAUUCAUCUUGUCAAGCAAGCCAUCGCAACUGCACCGUUUUUAUGCCGAUUAAAUACCAAGGCCCCUUAGAAUGCGAGUCUAUUAUCGAGUUUUUUGAGAAGAACAAGGAGUAUAAUACCCUGGCGACAUCUGCAGCCCACGCUGCAAGCGGCAGUGAAUUUACGGCUACUCAUGAAGAAGUUUGA